AUGGCAAUUGCUAUCGCCCGACUCCCGGCGAAGGUUCCCGUAACGGACCCCCGAUAUGGCGGCGCAAUACUGAUCAAUCCUGGUGGCCCUGGUGGUUCCGGAGUUGCUCAGGCCUUAGAAGUCGGGCGCAAUCUCCAGACCAUCGCGGAUGCGAAUAUUGUCCCUGCCGAGGUGGACCAAUCUUCAGAUCUGUAUUUUGAUAUCAUUGGAUUCGAUCCUCGCGGUGUCAACAACACGACCCCAGGUUUUAGCUGCUUCCCGGAUCUUUCCUCCCAAAGAAACUGGGAGCUUCAAGCCGAAGCGGAUGGGAUGCUCGGCAGUUCCGCGGAGUCGUUCAUGCGGAACUGGCAGCGUGCCAUGGCACUCAAUCCAUCAUGUUCACAGGGCAUUUCGACACCCUUGGCCGGCGGGGACGCUCUGGGAGAGCAUACCAACACGCCUCCAGUUGCUAGAGAUAUGCUAGAGAUCAUCGAGCGGCACGGCGAGUGGCGGCAAAAGCAAGGCCUGGAAGCUCAGCAACAGCACAAAGCUAAUGACCUUGCUGCACAGCAGUCCAUCCUUUCGAAGACUAGAUGGCACCGUGGGCAGGAGAAGCUUUUGUAUUGGGGCCGAUCGUAUGGGACCGUUCUUGGUGCCACUUUUGCUGCGCUCUUUCCGGACCGCGUUGAACGCAUGGUAUUGGAUGCCGUGGUUGAUGCGGACAAGUACUACUCGGGAGUUGGCCCGGAGCCCAUUGGAGAUGCUGACGCCAUAUUUGAUAAGUUCUCCCUCUAUUGUAAUAUUAUCGGGACGGAAUGCCCGUUCUACGCAGAAGGCGGCCCCGCGGCAAUCAAGGAGAUGUACAAAGAGCUUGAGAGUACUUUGUACAAUUCUUCGAUUGCCGUUCUGCCCUCUGAGACGCGAGGACCGGAAGUCGUGACGUGGUCUGACCUGAAGGUUGUUUUGCGGAUUGCCGUCUAUCAGCCUUUGGCCGGUUUCACCUACCUAGCGGGGAUUGCAGGCGAUCUUCUCAAGGGUGACGGUUCCGGUCUGGCUGACUUCAAACUCGGGCGUCGCUCCUCAUCAUGUCCUUCCGAUGAGUGUCUGAUCGCUGGACCGUGGUCAUCUGAGUGUGAGGCGCUAGGGCAGAACGAGCUAUAUUCCAGUUCUGCCAUCUUGUGCUCAGAUGCAGAGUACAUGCAAUCGACAGACGAGCAGGACUUCCAGCGGCAUUGGCGAGAUCUUCAGGAGCUCAGCAGUGUGAUAGGAGAUUACUGGGCUCACACGAGGCUCGACUGUGCUGGGUGGAGUGUCAAGCCCAAGUGGAAGAUGCAAGUUCCUGUGACCGGAAAUACCUCAUUUCCUUUGCUAUUCGUCAAUAACAUCCUCGACCCGGUCACCCCUUUAGCAAGCGCAAAGAAGAUGUCCAGUGCGUUCCCUGGGUCGGUAUUACUCCAGCAAGACUCAGAGGGUCAUUCCACCCUUGCGGCGCCCUCGACAUGCGUCGACCAAUCCAUCCGCAAGUACUUUCAGAAAGGCGAGCUCCCAGCGCCGGGGACAGUGUGCGACGCUGACCUCAAACCGAUGCUCGGCGCUCCGAAUAAGCUGGAAGAAGCGAGCUCGCUGGACGACGCGCGAAGGAUCAAGGUUCCGUUCCCAUUGUGA